AUAAUUUUGUAAACAAAAUCCUUGUUUGAAAUUAAUCGCCCUAAUUUUCAUAUUUCUAAGCAUAAUUUUCAAAUGUGACAUGCUGGUGAAUCGUAAAACAUGAUACGAUAUUGUAUAUUGUUCGCUUUUGUUGUGUUCAUGGCGUUUUUGGCUUUGUACGACAAUUCUGCAGACUUCGGAAAGCUAUACAAAGACCUAUUGACACCCAUGGGAUGGAAAAAGAUCGAGAUAGUGGAUGAGAAGCGGUCGUUUGAAGACAUGCUGAAUUACGACAUACCUUGGGCUUCUAUUGAAUUGUUGUUGUUGGGAACCGCUGCCAUCGUGAUCGGCGUCACCGUAGGAUGGCGGGCUCACAGCUAUUGCAGCGUGUAUGGGUCAAACAUGGAACCAGAUUUACUUGAAAAAUUCAUCGAAAAACUAAGAGACAUAGAAGCAAGGCUGACGACUCUGGAACUAAAAGUGAGCAGAUUAGAAACGAAACCCUCAACUGAAACUGAGUUGAUUUACUCAAGAGAUCAUAGAGAGAGGGAUUUCUCUUGUACAAAGGAUGCAUUCCAGCAAAUUGUAAUACAGAACACGGACAGUUCUUGCCAAACGAGUCAGCCCGGCAGUUACCCACCGAGUGUUGCAGAGGUCGAGGAGGAGGUGGAGGAUUUGAGAUGCGAGAGUCCGGUUUGGGCCAUGGCCUCGGACAGCACACUGGUUGUCCACAACAACCCUGAGCCUGUGGAGUUCGUGGAGCGUGAUGUUACACCCGACAAGGAUGUUGAGACUGCGGAGGUCGAAGAGGUAGAGAGAACUCUGUACGAGGUGGAGGUCUUCCCUGUGGAGAUAGAUCUGGGACCUUGUGAUACUAUGGAGGACUCCUGCGAAAACAGGGUAGAACCCGAGAGAACGGUGUCAGAGAGCACCCUGGUGAAGGUCUUAGACGCAGUGGAUGCCGCGACUUGCGCGGUGGUGGGCGCAGGAGAGUGCGAUAGCAGGUCCACGACUCAGGAGCGGCGGAUACCCCAGUUUCAGGGUCUGCGGAAGAACGCCGAGCAGAAGACGAGGCUGUACACAGAAAGACCGACAUCCGCAACCAAGGUGCUGGAGCCCGUGCAGAUUCCCGGAGAGGUGACGAAAUUGCCGCGAACCAACACCACGAGGAAGUACGGUACCGAAGGAGUAGAAGUCGCUCCCACCGGACGGAGAAGAAAGCAAAGGCAUUCACAAGUGAAAUGAAAGUGGCCACUCUUCUUUAAUUGUGUGUUUAUCUACUGUUUAAAAUUCUAACACUUUGUAAACAUAAAUUAAUCUAACCGUGUUGUUAAAAUUACCCUUUCCUGUAAUAAAUUAUUGGUGAACAAAUGA